AUGAAGAAGUACGCCAAAAAUAUCAUAUACGACAAAUUACAUAGAGGUUUUGUUCUAGUUUGUGUUGGUCUUACUCUGUAUGGAUCUGUUAUCUUGGGUGAUCAUGUAUACAAAUAUUUUAAAUAUGUAAGGCCACAGAUACAAGCUUCUAAGGCAGCAGCGGAACAAGAGCUUUUAUCUGAAGGAUCAUCCGAAAAAGUAGUAUGA